AUGGCACAAGCAUCCCCAAAAGUCAUGAUUGUCGGAGCAGGUCUCGGUGGUCUGGUCCUCGGUAUCUUGCUCGAAAAGAUGGGCAUCGAGUACGACAUCUUUGAGCGCUCCGCUGUUUGCAAGCCCUACGGCGCUGGAAUGAGUAUUGGAGCAAAUAUCAUGCCCUUGCUUGAGCAAUUGGACAUCCUUCCCGAGCUCAUGAAGCUCUCGCUCCCAGCUACUACCAUGGACCUCUACUCUGAGGACAUGAGCUUAAUCGGAUCCAUGCUGGGUACAGAGCACGAAGCAGAAGUCGGGUAUGGCAACAUUUUGUUCAGUCGCCCCGACUUCCACAGUCUCCUUCUCUCAAAGAUCCCCACCAACAGGGUCCACUACAACAAGAAGGUCACCUCGGCCGAACAGACCGAAACCCACGCCUUGAUUCGUUGCGCCGACGGUCAGACACACGAGGGUGAUAUCCUUAUUGGAGCCGAUGGUGCCUACAGUGCUGUCCGUAGCAGCAUCUACAACGAGUUGAAGAAGGAUAGCAAAUUGCCCGCGAGUGAUAUCCAGGAGAUGAAUGUCGGAUAUGCCUGUGUUGUUGGAACCACCGCAGCUCUGAGUACCGAGAAGUAUCCUUGUUUAAAGGACGAGACGUCUAACUUUGCGGUCUGCAUUGCUGACGGCAAGCCUCACUCUUGGACGAUCAUUACAGUUCCCGGCGAGCGUAUCGCCUGGGGCUUUGUUAUCCAGCUCUCACCCGAGGAGGUGAAGGCCGCUGUUGCAAACGCCGAAUGGAAACCCGAGUCGAUCGAUACCACCAUCUCCAAGAUCGUUCACCACAAGGUGCCUUAUGGAGGCACCAUUGGCGACCUUGUCGAUGCUACCCCCAAGGAUUUGAUCUCCAAGGUUUAUCUUGAGGAUAAGCUCUUUGAGACCUGGAACCAUGGAAGGGUUGCAUUGCUUGGUGAUGGUGCGACGAACGCAAUGGAGGACGCAGUCAUCAUCGCAAAUUGCAUCUAUGAGCUCGGAUCCUCCUUCUCCAAAACCGACAUCGAAGCUGCCCUGACUGAUUAUCGCUCCCAACGAUUCGAGCACGCCAAGCAGCAGGUCGAGAACUCCAACAUGGCCGGAAAGUUGUUCUAUGGCCAGACCUGGCUCGAGCGAUUGAUUCGUAGGGCGGUCCUGAACUGGAUCCCUAAAUCGUUCGAGAAGGCAAACCUGACCCAGGCGGUCGCAUACCGUCCUCAGGCGACUUUCUUGCCAAUGGUUCCUAAGAGAGGGACAUUCCCUAUCUUGCCCCAGAAGAUGUCCAAGCGGUAUGAGGAUGAGCAGGCUAAGAAGAAAGCUCAGGCUGUUUAA